AUGCUAACAAGAGGAAGGCUCCUUGCCUCCGAGGAAAGGACAUAUGUGUGGGUUGCUCCUGCGAAGGAAAAUCGUGCCAUCCUAUCCCGGCCGACCUGCGUGGCAUUUGUGCGAAAUGGAACCAUACACGACGAUCACCAACUGCGGCGUUAUGCGCUUGCCACUCCCGACACUGCCUCCACAGCAUUGGUCCUCCCUGACGACGAGCUUGACGAGCGCCUACGGAUCGCGGAGAUCUUUCCUGUCAAGCAUGCGAAAGAGCCUCUCGGCUUAUGUAGACUUGUCCACGAUGGCACUGGCCAUCAUCGCUGUGUUGCCUGUGCACCAACUGCUCAGGGUCGAGCGGACGCUCAGCCAAGACGACAACCUUUUGGGCUUUCAUAG